GCGGCGCCGGGGUGUGAGGACCUGCCGGUGUGGCUGCGGGGCGGUGCUCCGUACAAUUUCGAUUUUUUUGGUCCGAAAAGUCGAGCUGUAAUGUGCUGUAAAACGACAGACUACAAGGGCCAAAAAUUAGCAGAACAGAUUUUUCAAGGAAUCAUUCUUGUCUCUGCAAUAAUUGGUUUCAUCUAUGGAUACCUCACUGAACAGUUUGGAUGGACAGUCUACAUAGUUAUGGCUGGAUUUGCAUUAUCAUGUUUGCUCACACUCCCUCCAUGGCCUAUGUACCGCCGCAAUCCUCUGAAGUGGCUACCUGUCCAAGAGCUGGGAAUGGAAGAAAAGAAGCCAGCAGACAGAAAGCCAAAGAGACAUGCUAAAAGCUAAACCAUUUGGUUC